AUGGCUCCACUGGCGGAGCUCCACGACUUGCUCCAUGAGGCGCAGCGUGAAGGUGAGGAAGCGCUCCAGGAAGCGCUGCGAGCUGCGCAGGCUGCCCUCUUGGCCCUGCGACCCAAGGAGGUCUUCCGCCUGGAUUCUCAGCGUCUGAGGUUUAUUUGGCUUCUCCUUCCGGAGUUCUGGGAGAGGCCCACUGCUGUGGCUGCUGCUGCUGCCGCCAACAGGGCGAUGAACGGGUUGCUCUGUGCCGGUCAGGGUCUGCUGCAUGUGAGUCACUUGAGUCUCCAUCCCAAUUCCUUGACCUUAGAAGGGCAGCGCGCCCUGGAACAGAGAGCGCUGAGAGGUUGCCUGAUGAAAAUUGCAUUGGACCGCCUCCUAAGUGUUCAGUUUCACAUGCCUCGACUUCCUGAUGUCUUGGCCUUGCUCGAAGCGUUGGCUCGAAGCCCCUGUCGUUGUCUCCGAAAGAUCGUAGACCGGCAGUCACGCUGGCGGCCCAGAGAGCUUCAGUUCGAGCAGAUGGAGGAGGAACAGCGGCGCUCGGCUGCAGAGGUGGCCGAACUUUUGAACGAGCUGCCCCAUUUGCAGCACUUGGAAGGCCCUGUCUUUUCGGUGCUACUGCGAGCUCGUCGGCAUGCCUCGGAGGCUACCCCAACGAGUGGUGGCCAGACGCCCCUCUGUAGCGGAGUGGAGCAGGGAAGGCUCAAUGGAAUCUGUGUUCAAAGCGCUUUUGGUUCCCCAUGCUCUUCAUGCUCACGCGGCUGUGCUGGCGCUCUUGGCGAGCGGCUUCGUGUUCUGCACUUGGUUGAUUUGUGCGCCGGUGAUCUCUUUGGGCUUCUUCCCUCUGGAGCAGAAGGUUCUUCGUCCACUACUCCAUCUUCUGCAACACCCACUCCUUUCUGUCCAAGCCUUCAGAAGCUCCUACUGCUAAACUUGCCAUCUGCUGCUCCGGGAUUGACAGCGCAAGUCAUUUGUAAGUUCUUGCCACAAGCGCCGGAGCUCAAAGAAUUACAACUUGACUUCCAAUACUUCGAUCCUGCCCUGUGGGAUUUGGAAUCCCUGGAAGCUCUCGUUGCCAGAGUGCAAGCAGCACCAUCGAAGAUCACCAAGCUGGUCCUUGAUUGGUGUCGCCUUGGAGAUGCUGGCGUUCGCUGUGUUUGUGCUGCACUUGCACGGCAUGCCAGACAGCGAGGGGAAGAAGCAGAGCUCUCCUUGGCACAUUGUGAGCUAAAGGACCUCAGCCACGUGUGUGAAAUGCUGGAAACACCGGGCCUGGCAUUGACCAGCUUGGAUCUCUCGGCGAACAGCUUUGGAGACGAGGAAGGUCUGAAGCUUGCAAAGUCACUUCCACUCUCAACGAUCAAGGAGCUGCGCCUGAGGGACUCACAGGUUUCUGCACGGAUGCCGGUGAAGACCAAGUGGUCCUGGUCCUCAUGA